UCUCAGCAAAGCAUAGUCAUGCAACAGGCAUGUAGACAAACUUAGUUUAGUUCAGUUUGUGCCGUAUCCUAAACAAUACACAAAAUCUGAAUACCGGAGCCAUGUUGAAAUAUCAAAUACAUACAAAAAAUUAAAGAAAAGUGCAGUAAAAAUUAUUUUAUUAACAUAAUUGCGUAUACGGUUGUGCUAUUUAAUUGUCUAAAUUAUAACAAAAUGAUAAAAAUGUUUUUUAUAUCGUAUAUAAAAUUUAUGAAAUAAAGAAAUUCUCAUUUCUUGUGUACUUUACUGAGACAUAGCGUCGUCAAUUUUUUUUACAAGAGCAAACAACAACAACUUCAACGGAUAUGGAUUUCCAAAAUCGCAACAAUGGCGGCAAUAAGUUUGUCUGCCCAAGUGACAGACAGCUGGCGUUAAGAGCAAAACUAAAAACUGGUUGGAGCAGUUCAAAACAAAAUGAACCCUUAAGACCCGAAGAACAAGCUGCUAUAAUAUCUGUUAUUCGACGAAAUGAGGAAAUUGAAAUUGCGGAGCGUCAACGUGUUGGACGUUUAGUUGAACGUGUGGAAAAAAUAAAAGAACGUGUUGGGAGAAUGGAUCGUGGACCCAAUUGUUGUCGCUUAUGUGGUGAUACAUUUGGUUUGUUACGUCCCGCCCGUAUUAUAUGUGAAGAUUGUAGAAAGCCUGUAUGUGCAAAGUGUAGUGUUGACAUUAAUAUACGAUUUCACACCAUUGAGAAGACAAAAGAAAUUUGGCUUUGUCGAAUCUGUUCUGAAACUAGGGAAAUGUGGAAAAAAUCUGGUGCAUGGUUUUUUAAAGGGCUUCCGAAUUACGAUAUUCCUACAAGCACAAGUUCCACACCGACACAUCACACAGGCAAUACCAUGUUAAGUGGAAUGAUGCAAAGAACAUCGCAAAGUUGCAACAACACGCCGAUUCGAAAGCCUAGAGUAAAAAAAUUAACCAUUAGAGUAAAUGACAGCAGCAGUUCUGAAGAAGAGGAUGUUGUAGAUGGUGCUUCCAAUUUUAAUCAUACGGCAAUUGUGAAUUCAAUUCCAACUUCUAUUGAUGCAAUCGUGCCAUCUAAUGUCUCGCCAACAUCAAUAACCGAUGGAAAUGAUAUACAACAGUCGAAAGUGCAACGUGGAGAUAGCUUUCGUAUGCGAACUUUUGGUUCGAUUCGUAGCUUUAUCGAUGGCGGAGAACGAAAACUUUCGAAUUCGUUCUUUUUCAAUCGACAAACUUCGAAAUCUGAAUUUAUUCAACCAGAGUUCGAUACCAUAUCGACAGCAUCAACUGUAGGCACAAUUACAUCGGCUACAAGACGUGAAAGCAACUUUACACGACGUAGCUCAGUAUCUUCAUCAUGGUCUAUUAGCGAUAGUUCAUCUGGCAACUCUGGCACAGUUAAUAAUUUUUCUAUACAUAAUCAAAUCAAUUUACAUUGUCGUGAUCCACUACUAGGUUGGUUAGAGAUAGCUAUAAGCUAUCGGGAAAAUUUUCAUGCUUUAGAUUGUACAAUGGUAAGAGCACGAGAUUUGCCGCCAAUGGAUGCCGCGGGUCUAACAGAUUCAUAUUGUAAAUUAAAUAUUAUAACACCAGAGGGAAACACAAAAUACACACGCUGGCAGCGAACAAAAAUAGUACAUAAAACUCGAAAUCCGGAGUUUAACGAAACACUUCAAUUUGUUGGAAUCGAGCCUGAAGAGCUGGGAAAUUCGUUAUUAUAUGUUACUAUAUUUGAUGAUGAUAAAUAUGGGCAUGAUUUUCUGGGGGCAGCUAAAGUAUCUUUAUCAACAGUGCAUAAUACUAACCAAUAUCGUAUAUCGGUACCUCUAAAUGGAGUUGAGGACCAGUACACGAAUGAAGCGGAAAUGUCACAAGAAUGGACUCGUGGUAAAAUUUUGGUGUCACUGUGUUAUAACACAAAGAAACGGGCUUUAGUCGUGAAUAUUAAACAAUGCAUAAAUUUAAUACCUAUGGACAACAACGGUAGUUCGGAUCCCUUUGUUAAAAUUCAACUUAAACCAGAUCCACACAAGAAUAAGAAAUAUAAGACGAGCAUUAAAUGGCGUACACUUAAUCCCAUUUACAACGAGGAGUUUUAUUUUGAGGCAAGUCCGCAUGACUUAACCAAGCAGAUGCUAAUCAUUACUGUGUGGGAUAAGGAUAUAGGAAAGAGUAAUGAUUUCUUAGGUAGUCUUAUUAUAGGUUAUAACAGCAAAGGAAAUCGUCUACAACAAUUUUUGGACUGCAUACGUUUACCAGAUCAUUUUCAUGAGAAAUGGCAUUGUUUAGCAGGCGACAAUCCGUUGCAUUGAAUUUACUUACGACUUUGAUGCAUUUAAAUUGCAAUUAUAUAGCAUUUAAUACUAUUU